AUGGCAGGAGGUUUGAAAAAAUUCAUCAAGUCUGUUCGAAAUUCCAAGACUAUCGCUGAGGAACGAGCGGUCAUUCGGAAGGAAAGUGCCAAAAUCAGGACUUCUUUCAGGAAUGUCCAGUUGGAUGACCAAACUCGGAAGAAGAACAUACAGAAGCUGCUGUAUUUGUAUAUAAUGGGAGAGCCUACUCAUUUUGGCCAAGUUGAAUGCCUGAAAUUGGUUGCGACCCCGCAGUUUUCCAACAAGAGACUGGGAUAUCUAGCAACGAUGUUAUUAUUAGACGAGAACCAAGAAGUAAUUACUUUGAUAACCAAUUCCUUGGACAAUGACAUUAACAGCACAAAUCAGUAUAUUGUCAGUUCAGCAUUGACUACAUUAGGGAACAUAGCAUCUCCUGAUAUGGCUCGUGACCUUUACACUGUCGUGGAAGCCCAUUUGGAUGGAAAUAAUGCAUAUUUGAGGAAGAAAGCUGCAAUUGUUGCUGCAAAAUUGAUUGAAAAGGAACCUGAUUUGGUUGAAGUAUUCUUGCCCAAAGUUGAAUCUUUACUAGACGAUAAGAACCACGCUGUUUUGCUUGGUGGUCUCCAGCUGGCCAGGGUGAUCCACGAAACUGACUCAACAUCCCAUUCUACAUUGUCUGAGUUUGUUCCAAAGUUGCUUUAUCACUUGAAAAUGUUGGUGACUACAGGUUACUCACCAGAGUAUGAUGUAGGCGGUGUUCCAGAUCCGUUCUUGUGCGUUUCUUUACUGCAGACACUGACAAUGCUUUUUGAGAGCGACCACAAUUGCCCACAUGUGGAAGCAUACCACGAUCUCCUCACUCAGAUAGCCUCCAAGAUUGAUACCGGUAAAAAUUCUGGCAAUGUUGUCCUAUACGAAGCUGUCAGGUCUAUUUUCAGAAUCAAUCCUGAUUCUUCACUGAAAAUUUUGGGAGUCAACAUCCUUGCAAAGUUUUUGAAAUCCAAAGAUAAUAAUACCAGAUAUGUUGCACUCAACACACUGCUGAGUGUACUCGAACUUGAACCUCAAGCUGUGCAGAGGCAUAGAGCUACUAUUGUUGCCUGUUUGCAAGAUGGCGACAUUUCCAUUCGUCGUAGGGCUUUGGAACUUACGUUCGCCAUUAUAAACAAACAAAACAUUAGGUUACUCGCCAAGGAACUGUUAACAUUUUUGCAAAACUCGGACACUGAUCUCAAGCCAUAUGUGACCACACAGUUCACACUAGUUGCAGAGCAGUAUGCACCAAACGAGAAAUGGUUUUUUGAAAAUCUCAUUACCAUGCUCAAGUACGCAGGAAACUACAUUUCUCCCGAUGUUUCAUCCAAUAUUAUAGGUCUCACCAUCCAAAUCAAAGAUAGGGAGUUAAUUAAGUUUAUAACAGCAGAGCUAUUUAAGGCUAGUGUUGAAGACCAGACCCAAUAUGGACUCAACCUAAUUACUACCUGGUGUGUGGGAGAAUAUGGUGACUUGAUUGAAGGAUCGAUUCCAAGUGCAAAGAUUGUGCAGCUGUUAGCAAGGUUCAUUAAUUUUUCUUCAUAUGAUGACGAAUCCAAAAAUACCCACUUGAUCGGAUAUUGUCUUACUGCUUGUUUGAAGCUUUCUGUGAGACUUACUGAUCCAGGCUCGAUAGAGCAGUUGAGACAGUUGUUGAAAUCCAAAACAAAUGAUAUGGACUUGGAGAUUCAGACAAGAGCAAUGGAGUAUCUUCAAAUAUUUAGCCAACCUAUGAGUAUCAAGAAAGGAAUUCUCGCUAAGAUGCCUCCUCCUCCAAUGAAGGAGAAGCAAUCAAUCUCCUUGAUGCUAACCUCAGACAAAAAGACACAAAACAAGGCCAAACUCGUAGAUUCCAAUGAUCUCUUGUUGGAUCUUUUAGGUGAGGAUGUUGAUACUCCCACCAUUUCAAAUGGAAACACUAAGAGUGUUAGCACACCAGAGAAUAGUUUAGACUUGCUGUCUGAUAUCUUUGGAGACAAGCCAAACAAUAAUACACCAAACCCCGUUAAUAGCGCAGCUACACCGCAGGUCAACAAAGGCAAUGAUCUUUUGUUAGAUGAUCUAUUAUUCUCCCCAAGUGCUUCAGUUGCGGCUCCAAAAGUGAACGUGGUCGUAGCUUUUGAAGAUGCAAAUAUAUCUGUCGGCUUCAUUACAGUUGAAAAUGGGGGAGGAGCAGCUAGCUUGGAAGCUCAUAUAUCGAAUAAGGGUUCGAACAAUAUUUCUGCCCUUUCAUUACUGUUAGCAGUGCCAAAGUCCCAAAAGCUUCAACUUUCUCCUAUCAGUACUACGACUCUUCAAGCAGGAGGUAGUGCCCUCCAAACGUUCAAGAUCACUGGUGCUGAAGGAAGCAAAAUCAAGCUGCGUGCUAAGCUAGGUUACAGUACAGUUGGACAAGCUGUCACCAAGCAAUUUGAAUUUUCAUCUGCCUCCACUCUUUAG